CGCGUCUUUGCCCAGAACGGUAGAUCUACUGUUAGCAAUAGGUUAGAGGUAUACGCUAAUCGCUAUAUAAUUACAGUUGUAUUGUUUUCCUGAUUUACUAAAUGAAAAAUACAAUCUGUAACACCGGAUGUUUCUCUGUAGUCCCUCCCUCCAUCGAUGUGCGUCACACUAACUAGACCUCGUUGAUGGAAGCAGCCAUAUUGUUUUAGCUCCUACUGCUACGUCUUUAGAGAUGUUGCAACAAUCGCAGCAUUAAAAGUGGAUUUUCAGCGAAGCUCGCAGAGACGGUAAUCGAUAAAGCUUCCACAAUGUCUGCGGACGAUUUUCAGACGAAAUACGCCUCUGUCAUGGAGAGCAUGUUGAAGAGUGCUGUCGCUGAGACCACUAAACUUUUCGAAACUAUGGUUGACGAACUGAAAGCAGAGAUAUCUAAAAUGAAGAAGGAGAACGAAGACCUCAAGGAAAAAUGUAGCAAAUUUGAGAAUGCGAAAAGAGAGACUACAGAUGAUACUUCAGAGAGUGAGCCCGUUCUGAUACAGAGAGACGGCUCCGAGAAACGUGACACAGCUAUUCAAUGUGACCUUGGUCCUUUCCGUGCAAUGCUGGUGGAGCAAUGUGAACCACUACAGCCCUCAUCAUGGCAAAACCAAGAGCAGCAAUGUGGUUAUGACACACAGCAGUAUGUCUGGCAGGAGCACAACUAUGAGAAUCGUGAAGGAAGAGAUUCUCAGAUGGCAUUCAUACUUGUCAAACGGAAGGGCUCUGUUGAAUCCCUUCAGGAGACGGUUUUCAAGCAAGAAGAAGUUGAGCCCAUUUCGUCCAGUGGGCAAGUUUUUGGUGAUAAAGUGGGUACCCAAGCUGUGACCUCUGCCGGUGGAAUACAAAAUGAAGGGUGUAUUACUAACCAGAAAUGCUCAAAUGCAGAAAUACCGUUGGCUCAAAGAAAUGAAGAAGCACAAGUGACCCUAAAAUUGCCCCAAUUAGGGAUGGAUAGUAGUUUACUAGAAGUUCGUAACCAGUCAUCGGAUCUAGAGCUUUCCCUCUCAACUGUAAAAGAUGACGAUGAGAAGGACUCUGAAAUUGGUCUGCAGAUAUCAGGAAUUAGGUCCCCGGAGGAACUCCUAACAUCCAAAAGACAAACGUUGGUUGUUGCUCCGAACCAACCUGAAGCUGAGUUCCAACAAAAUGAGCAGCCAUCAAAUGCUGAUUGGCCAAGGAAACUAGCCGAUAUACAAUCUACAGAGGCGCAGUUCUACAAACCCACAACACCCAAAAAGUAUAAAGCAUUUGAUGAACUGCAAAAUGGCUUGUCAGAAGUUGAGCCAGACCUACCAGUCCGGCGUAGAAGAGGAAGGCCACCAAAGAAAGCAAAAACUCUGCAACAGCCAGUGAAACAAAUGUGUUUACCAUCUUCUAACAUUCCAGCAGAGCAAGAAGUGAAAAAAUACCCUGCUACAAGGUUGAGGGAGGUCAAAACCUCAUCUAAUGUUGAAUCAGUGUCAAUGCAAGGGAAAGCUGACACUGACCUGGCAGAGAAGGAGAAAUGUACAGCUGGUUCUUUGGCUGUUUCGGUGUCCUCUUUGAGUAGAAAACGUUCCUAUAAAAACAAAAAGAUAACUGAAUCCCAGGAGCCUCCUAUGGACACAAAGGACGGGGAAAUUCAGGCACCAUCCACAGAAGUUUCUUCUACAGUUGCAAAACAAAACACUCCAACAACUGAGUCACUCCAAGAACCAUCACAUCAGUCUAGAGAACGCCGCACCUCUGCAACUCUUCAAGAUGCAAUGCUUCUAGUUGAAGCCAUGAAUCAGUCAACAGAGAAGAAUGUACUCUGUUCCCUACAAAGAAGAGCAGCAACAACCCAAACAUUACAAACUGUGGAGGAGGUACCAGUUGAACCUGGGAAACCACCAAUCCUUUUUGAAAAGGAGGGAGCUCUUCAAGCUCCAGAUGGCACCACAACUGCUACAGCCCUGGCCAAAAAGGAGGCAGUCACACCAAAUCCACAGCAUACAGACCCUCCGCCAAGUACUUCUAAAUCUUCAGUGGCUACAUCGACUACUGCAACUCAAACAAGUGUGCAUUCAGUGCAGCAUCCCCAUUUACAUCCCCCAAUAAAACCAAUUUCACCCAGUAAACAGGGUGAUGCUGUACCUCAAAAAAUUAUUGUGAUGUCAAGAUCAUCGGCCCCAUUGAUGCCUUGUAAAUUUGCAGGAAAGUCUCCAACCCAGCUACCUUCUGUUGUGUCCACAGUUAGUACUGCACAAAGUAAUAGUGAUCUACCUACGUUGAUCCCUACUGGCAUUCCUCCUUUCAAACCAUCCCUUUGCUCCGUUCCUCAGAAAACUAUAUAUAUUACACAAGAGAAGUCACUUCCUUCCAUCACCUUACAGUCAACUGCUCCCCCAACAGAAUUGCAGUCAGGGUCUCUUUCUCAACCAAAAAUUACAAUUUUAAUUCCAAGAGAGCUGUCAGCUGUGGCAUCAAGGAAACGGUCACAGGCCAUUGCUGGAGCAUCACGGCAAGAGUCAGCUAAAUCAUAUAGUACUGAUAUGUCUCCAUCAUCAGAGUUAAUGUCAUUCUCACAGGAGGUAAGGGGUUCUGGUGAUCCACAGCUUGCCCUUGAUGAAGUAUCGUCUACAAAGCUGACCAAUACCCAUGACAACCUGGAAUCUUACCAACAAACUGUGUCUUUAAAAUCAGUAAAUGAAUCUACUGAAAUCAGCUCCAGUUCAGACAUAUUGCUUGGACUGGUUCCAACCUCCAUUUCUCCACUGACUGUUGAACAAGCACCCACUGCUGUUGUAAGAUUAACCAGGCUCUCAUUUCCAAUGUCAACCAAAGAUGCAGUCAUGCUCUCAAGUCGACAUUCAAAUGAAUCUUCUGAAACUCAGUCCCUAUCACAAGAGGAUACCAGAAAGGAGAAACCAUCAUCUGUGGUCAUAUCAACUCAGCCGUCAGAGACACAAGUGUUUUCUUAUGACAUUUGUGUCAAUUCAAAAGAAACCUCUGCUGCUGAUUUUGUUAAAGCCUCUCAGAUGUCAGAAAAGUCAAGGACUAGAGAGAGCCCUCCAUUGUCCUCUGAAAAAUGCACAGUUUUGGAUGACUCAACUGAUGGCGAGUAUGUGGCUGCUGAACUUCCUACUUAUGAAUUGGAAGAGGAAACAAGCAUAGCAGUACAAGACCCUACAUUACCCAACGUCCCACCCAUAGAACAGCAGUCACCUGCUGUCAUUCAUCUCAUGUCCAUCAAAUCAAAGGACUCAUCUGACCCUCAUUCACAAAUGACCAAGACCCAGUUCCUGGCACAGCUGGCUGUGUCACCUAUUGUGCAAGACCAAACAGAGCUCUCCACUUGUGACUCUGUAGAUGCUGAUGCUUAUUGUCCUACAACCAGCGCCAAUGAUGAGAAAAAUGAACAAGGAGAUUCCCUCGUUACUAAGCUCAGACGUCACCUCAAAACACACUUGCAAGGUAGAACCUCCACGACAAAUCAAGAAUCAUGCACAGAAACUGAGAUCCUCACUGCAAGUCCUAAGAAACCUAGAUUUGAAGAAGAUAGUCUAGACGAUCAAAGCCCAACUAUUGCAUCUAUUCUCUUAAACCCAAUAAGUCAAGGAAGAGUUAUGAAUACAUCUCCAGACAAGACAAUUAAUGACCCCUCUCCAAUUAGUACUAGGAGAUCUAGAAUACAUAAGGAUGGUGUAAGAUCCAAGAGAUCUGUAAGUGAACCAGCCCCUGUCAGUCCGAGGAGACUUAAAGCUACUGGUGGAUCAACACCUAUAAACCUCAGAUCUAGUUCAGGCAGAGAUUGUAUUGGUUCAAAAAUCAAAGUCCACUUUUGUGAGUCCCAGGAGGUGUAACUCAACUAAAGAAGACACUAUCCCUAAAAAGACUAAGACCACUUCUCUGAGUUCCAGAAGGUCGAGUUCAAGUAAGGAAAGAGGAAGCAAUAUCAAGAUUAAAACUACCACUGUACACCCCAGGAGAACUAAUUCAACAAGGGAUGGUUCUAGCCCAAAAAGUAACACAACUGCUGGUUGUCCUACUAACUCUGAAACCCCUAAAACGACUAAGUCCGCUGCUUUUGGUCUUCGGAAAUCUGGUUUCCGAAAAAAUGGCCCCUCCCCUAAAACACCUAACAAUGAAUCAACUUCUUAUUGCCGUAGGCGGUGUACCUACUCUCAAGUGUAUUAUAGCAGCAAACCGUCUAAAAGCAUAUCAGAUGUCUUCAGUUCUGGGAGGUGUUCCAUACCUGUAGAUUGUACUGAAAGCAUUAAGGGUGGAGCUAACUUCCAAAGUGUUGGGUGGUUGAAAAUGGCUGAGGAUGUCGGGUCCAGUAAGACUGGGGAAUCCACUCCUGCUCAAAAACGCAAAUUGAUUCAAGAUGCUUCUGGUGCAAAUGAGAAUUUGGAAGUGGCUAUUUCUAAGGAGCUAGCUAAAGCAGCAAAGGCUACAACAGAAGCUAAAAUAAAAAACAAAUCAGCUGCCAGCCCAGAGAAUAUGAAGAAUUAUCAGCGAAAAGUGUCUGGACUCCUCCUGUUUUGUCAUCCAGUGAAAACACCUCCAUCAGGGGGAAAGAGGUCACCAAACUCACCACCCAUAAAGAAGGAAACAAAAACUCCCAAUCAGACAUUAGUGUACCCUCAUAGCAUUUCUCUCCUUCCCAUACCCAUAAAGGCACCACCUGUUUGUAUCACCAUUACAGCCCUUAUCGUCAUUGGCUGGCGUUUGCUCAAGAACCAGUGUGGGGAGUGUGGGCGUGUCCUGAGCAGUAGUGCUGCCUUGGAAAGCCAUGUCAGUCUCCACACAGGUCACAGACCUUUCUCCUGCAAGCUUUGGGGAAAAACGCUUCCCAGACUCCACAGGGUCUCAAACGGCAUGGACGGGUUGCACCGCAAUGGUAGAAUCCAUAUCUGCAAGCAGUGUGGGAAGGGUUUUGUUUACAGUUUGGCCUCACCAAGCACCUCCAGAUGGUGCACAGCAGGAUUAAACCUUUGUCUGUCAGGUGUGCAACAAGGGAUUCUUUUCAAAAAGAGAUGUUGAAGCCCAUAUACGAAUCCACACGGGAGAGAAAACAUUCCACUGCAACCUCUGUGACAGAAAUUCGCAAGGAGGACAGAACUGAAUGUGCAUUUGAGGUGCAUAACGGGGGAAAAGAGACAUUGUGCCCAUACUGUGGGAAAGGAUUUUUAGACAUCAACAACCUGAAAAGGCACAAGUAUAUUCACACUGGAGAGAAACCACAUUCCUGCCCACACUGCCCCAAGCACUUCACACAAUCAGGCCACCUGAAAAAGCAUGUGAAGAAUGUGCAUAAAAUGGAAUGAGAGAUGGACAUCCAUUAAACCAACGUGGUGAACUCAAAACAUCAUUUUUUUAAAACAUGGGAAGUAAACAUUUUGUGGUUGAAGAUUUACUGUAUAGAAAGGAUCCCGGUGAUAUGUUUAUUAUUGACCCCCCUGGUUGUUUUUUUUGAGCUAAAGUGUAGAAGAAUUGAAUUCGUUUUUGUUGAGCGGAUUGCAUGAGUAAUUAUUUUGAAAUUAUUAUUUGUAGUAUUUAGAUAGGUUGAUCAAUAUAAACGUGCGUAGGCUCAGUAUGAAGCUGUAACAAAAGAGCCAUUGGUUUGAUGGAAAGACUACAAGAAAUGCAUUUUUGUUUGGAUUCUAAUAAUGGAAAAUGGUUUUUGACUACGCUGUUAAAUUCUAAAAAGAGAAAUGUGUCAACAAUAGAGCUACAGAGAUGCUGAUAGAAGCAUUCCUGAGCAUUUGGCAGGCCAGGUUAGCUGCCCCCCUCUGUCCAGUUUUUAUGUGAGGCCAAAAUGUUGAGUAGACACAACCUUGGACAAGGGCUUCGGUGAAAAUUGCUGCAACCCCGAGUUAUCACACAUUUUCUUUGCACACAGUUAAUUUUGUUAUGUUAAUAACAAAAAUAAAAGCUUUAGAAUAUUAUAGUAGAUGUGAUGUUAAAAUUGCUGAAUGAUGUGAUAUGAGUAAAUAAUGUAUCCCAUUUUCACCGCUGUUGCAGGAUGACUUUGGUAUACAGAGAAAUGAUAAACAUUGAAUUGUUAGUAUUCUUAUUUAUAUGUAGAUAUGUUCAUAUUAGAAGUAUUGACAAAACUUAGAUUUUAUGUUCUUACAUAACAUUGCUUUUUUAAAUAAUUUACAAAUAUGGCCAUCAUGGUAAAUAAAUCUGUCCAUGCAAUAAUUCACCAAUGUAAACAAGGACUAUAAAGGUAUGUUCACACUGGACAAGGCAUGAAAAUGACUUUUAGAAUGUUGGUGCAAUCUUUUUACUCCCAAGUAUCCCUCAUCCUAACCUCACAGUUGUCCAUUUUCACAUUAACAGUUAACAUUGUGAAUUUGGCACACACAGCUGGGCUUUAUUGUAAGUGGCUUUGAUUAACAUCAUUUGGUCCAAACACACCUAAAGAGUCUAUGUCAAACCAGUACUGAAACAUUAGGGCAAACCUUUAACAUCUGCUGUGUAAGUGUAAAGACCUGUGUACAUUAAAGUCUGACCUUAAUUGAAGUUCAACCUUUGUUUUAUAUGUCAAUGCAAGAUUUUCUGUUUCACAAAUUUGGAUCUUUAUUAAAUUAUUGUUUCUUGUAAGAGUC